AAAUACAUCCCCUGAUAACGCUUUCUAAGGCAAUGGACAUACUGUUUGAACACAGUUGGAAAAUAACUCUGUCCAAAAGGAUUUUAUGUGAAUGGAGAGAGCGGCUGAAACAUCAAGAUUGUAUUGAAGACAGACUAAAUACAGAAAAUUCUUUAAAGCAACUCUCAGAAAAGCAUGACUUUUUAUCAUGGAAGACAGAAAAUUUGGUGAUAUUAGAAAUACAGUUAAACUUCAAUGUAAAAAAGUUUUUACUUGGUGAGAUUUUGUCACCGUUCAUUCGAUUGGAGGGCCUGGUGUCCUGGAAGGUGCUUUACAGGCAUGCAAAAUACAUCAAUCUGAGGAUUCAAAAUAGCAGCAAAGACUUUGAAGCGCCAAUUGUGGAAUGCUAACGAGAAUAGAUUAGUUUAAAACCUGCAGAGAUAACUACUAGUUUAUGUUACCUACAAUUAAUAAAGUCGAAGAGGAUCGGGAUGAGGUCAACUGAUAAUUAUAAGUAUAUGUUAUAGUUAUCAGUUG